AUGGGUCUCGCCGAUACGCGCUUCAAGCUCAACACCGGAGCGGACAUCCCAGCUCUCGGUCUCGGAACCUGGCAAUCCGCGCCCGGCGAGGUCGAGAAGGCCGUCCGGCACGCCAUCCAGGUGGGGUACCGCCACAUCGACACGGCGUUUGCGUACCAGAACGAGCACGAAGUGGGCAAGGCGAUCAACGACGCGAUCGCGGCGGGGGAAGUGAAACGCGAGGAGCUGUUCGUGACGACCAAGCUGUGGUCGACGUGGCACUACCGGGUGGGGGAGGCGCUGGACCAGAGCCUGCAGACCAUGGGGCUGGACUACAUUGACCUGUACCUGGUGCACUGGCCGGUGGCCAUGAACCCCAACGGAAACCACCCGGUCGUGCCCAAGCUCCCGGACGGCUCGCGGGACCUGCACUACGACCACCCGCACGUCGAGACGUGGAAGAGCAUGGAGAAGCUGGUCGGCGCCGGCAAGACCAAGGCCAUCGGCGUCUGCAACUAUAGCGUUCCCUAUCUGCAGGAGCUCCUGGCCCAGGCCACCGUCGUCCCCGCCGUGAACCAGAUCGAGAACCACCCGGCCCUGCCGCAGCAGGAGGUCGUCGACUUCUGCAGGGAGAAGGGCAUCCACGUCACCGCGUACAGCCCGCUCGGCAGCACGGGCAGCCCCCUGUUCUCCGCCGAUCCCAUCGUCGAGGUCGCCAAAAAGAAGGACGUCGCCCCCGCGACCGUUCUGCUGAGCUGGCACAUCGCGCGUGGCUCUUCGGUUCUCGCCAAGUCGGUGACUCCUUCCCGCAUCGAGGCCAACCGCCAGCUGGUCGAGCUCGAUGAGUCGGAUCUGGCCACCAUCGCCAAGUACACGGACGAGCUGGCUCGGACGAAGUCCUUCAAGCGUUACGUUUUCCCGCCCUUCGGUCUGGACUUUGGGUUUCCUGAUAAGGUCGCCAAUUAA